CCCAACUUCUGUAGAUAGAACCACUGUUGAGAAACCUUAGAUUUACCUUGCUAUCUGAUUAAAGACUAGUUCAGUUAAUUUGUCUAAUUUAGUUCCAUUAAGUUUAGUCACUUAAGAGUUUUUAUGUUUGAAGGAAGUACAUUGAUCCAAUGAAAUGGGAUAUUUUUACAAGCAAGAGCUUUGAUAAUUUGAAUUUAGAUUUAUUAUGACAAUUUUAUUGUAACUUGUUUUUAUAUUAUUAAUAUACAAUGGAAGGCAUACAGCAAACAACAGAGCUAGAAUUUAACCAGGCCAUGCAAGAUUUCAAGACCAUGUUUCCUACAAUGGAUGUAGAUGUCAUUGAGGUAGUGCUGAGAUCCAACCAAGGUGCUGUUGACGCUACCAUAGACCAGUUACUAUCAAUGAGUUCUGAUAAUGAAAUGGAGCGGAGCAAGGUUAUCGCUGCUGAAAUGCCUGCUCGGGCUGGAACUGAUAAGAGUAGUGGGGUGGGGCAGGAGCCACUGUCGGCUCUAAAGGGGUGGCGUCCUGCUCUCCUUCAACCUCUUCCGCCUGGCUUCCUUAGGCUCCUGCCUGAUCAAAGGCAGAUUGAAUCUGAUAUUGAGGACGAGAGGAUAGCAAUGCUUCUGCAGAAUGAAGAGUUUAUGUCUGAGCUGAGGUGGAAUAAGGACUUCCUCUCUGCACUCGAUGAUGAAAGCCCUCCAGAAGAGAGAUCUUCAGCCUUUCCAAGCAGACUACACGAUGAUGAUGCCAUGUUCAAAGAGCGACUCCGCAACAUGGGCAAAUUGUCCAGGAAAAAAUUCUCACAGCUGGCAAGGGUAUUCACAGGUAAGAAGAAGAAGAGUGCAAGAAGUGUACUCAGUGGAGGACCUGCUCCUUCUCGCGAUGACCUGCUUUUGCGUGAAGAUCAUGAUGGUGAUUAUUGAUUGAUCCAAUUGCGUCAGUUCUGUUUAUAUAUUAUUGUGCAUCUCAUUUAAAAUUCUGUUAUGGCAAUAAUAUUAAUGUAGUUGAAACCAUUGUUCACCACAGGUUGUGUUUCUUAGGUGAAUAGUUCUUAAAUUUAGAACUACACCUUCACUUUUUCAUUUCGAGAAAAUUAGAAUAAUUAAAUGUUCCCCAUGAAAUAGUCACUUAAAGAUUCCUUAAUUUUGUGCUAGGUGUCAAGAUCUAAAUACAUGUUUAGAACUCAGUCAUCAGGAUAAUUGUUUUUAUUUUUUUUUAAAGUGUAGCUUAAAAUGUUAUCUGUCUGUUGGAUAAUCUUUCCAAUGUGUCAUAAAGCACCUCUAUUUUUGUGUAUUAACUUAUUCUCUUCUCAUCAUGUAAUACUCAUGAAUGAAAAAAAAAGUUUAAUUAUUCCAAGAAACACAACUUCUAUUUUAUUCUAAUUAGCUAUAUAUAGUUAAAGUAUAAUAUUAAUUAUCAACAUACAUUUACUUUAAAUAUAUUAAUUAUUGAGUGUAUGUUUAUCCAAACUCCAGAAUUAGACUGAGCACUAUUUAUGUUACUAUUUGAGGUUUAAAGAAUGCCGACAUAUCUGCCCUGCUUUCAAAUUGAAGGGGCACCAGGGGUCUUGUUAAAUCUUUAUUGUUGAGAGGUUACACGAAUAGAGCUUUAGUUUGGACUUUUAAAAUCGACCAUUACUGUCCCCUUCAAUUUUUUAUUUCCUAUUGUUGAUAGAAGUGCAACCAUAAGGGUACUAAUAUAUGUUUAAAUUUUAGUGUCAGAGUAUGAGCGAAAUGGUUUAGUGAUAAGAAGUAGGUUUCUAGUAUUUUUAUAGAUCGUGUGGAGGUUGUUCAGGAACUGAAUUUUAAGCCAAAGCAAGUUUAUUAUUUGUUGGAUUAAAAAUGAAUUUUAAGUUAUAUAUUCCAGUUAUUUAUUUGUUACCUUAUUCAGCCUAUAUGUUUGUAAUUUGUUAUUUUAUUGAGAGAUAUUUUUAUUUGUUGAAAUUCUGCAGAAGUUUAUAUUGUUAUUUUUUUCUUGUUAUUACUUAUUAUAAUAUUCGUAAUAUUAUUUGUUUAUUAUAUGUCUUAGGCAAUGGUAGUGAUUUUGUCUAUGC